UUCCCAGGUGACGAUUGUCGAAGCAUUAUAUUCAGGGACCGAAUACAAAACAUGGCCAUAAAGGAUCGUGUGAUCAGGAGUGCAGAAGUGCCCAAUGAGGGAAGCUGCAGAGUGAUGUGUUAUAUGGAGCCUAAUUGCGUAUCCAUUAAUGUUGGACCUGUAGAAGGAGGAAACCAAAAAUGCGAGUUGAACAACGCCACGGAGGAAAACCAUGCUCCAUUUCUUCUUGUGAAUAAACCAGGCUACAUAUAUUUUGCAAUCGAGGUAAAAUUUCACAUUUUUACCAACCUGAGGGGAGUCAGACACAGAUGAUUUAUUUUCAUUUCAGGUUAAAGUGAUCUUAUUCUUGAUUCUUGAUCUUGGGGAAAGCUACAAGAGCUUUAUUUUGUUAUUCAUCAGAGGAGGUUGUUUGUUUUUUGGCGCUAAAGUGGUUUUAUUCUUGAUGUAAAAAAAAAAAGUUUGGAAAAAGGUUACUUCCUUUUUAUCAGCAGAAUCCAUGCAGCAGUAGUCCAUGUUUGAGUAAUGGCACCUGUCAAGCUGGAUUCAGCAGUAAAGGUUUUCGUUGUGUUUGUCGUGAUGGAUUCAGUGGAGAAAACUGCCAGUUGCAAGGUCACGUAAAUUGCAUUUUCAUUCACUUAUCCUCUUGGGUCAAAUAAAUCACUAAAAUUGGGUAAUUUACAAACUGUUUUUUGAAUCUGUUUAUAGAAGUAGAUUUGGACUCAUUCGUAAAUUGAUUGAUGUAGAGUAUUUAGAAAUUAUUGAAAUUUUAUUCCCUGGACGAUCUACUAUCAAGUGUUGUGUGCGCGGCAUUGAAUCCUGCAAUUUUUCCCAUUUGUUCAUAGGCCUGGAAAAAAAUUGUGCUGACAUUUACAAAGCUGGAAAGAGAGAAGACGGUGUGUACACCAUUAAACCUGAUAAUUUGACUGCCUUUGAUGUAUUCUGCGACCAAACAACGGACGGUGGAGGAUGGACUGUGUUUCAGAAGAGACUGAACGGCUCGAUUGAUUUCUAUCGCUACUGGAAUGACUACAAAUGUGGGUUUGGUGACCUGAAUGGCGAGUUUUGGCUCGGAUUGGACAAGAUUCAUCGCUUGACCUCAUGUAAUAACAACAUGCUACGUGUGGACUUGGAAGACUUUGAAGAAAAAAAUACUUAUGCUGAGUAUAAGAUGUUUGGUAUUUUGAGUGAGAAAGACAAGUACAAGCUGAUCCUUGGUUCUUAUUCAGGUAGAACUGUCAUUUCGUCUCUUCUAUUCUAGUCAUUCUAAGAAGGAAGAGGGGAGGAGGAAAGAGCUAAGUAAUGUAAAUAUGCUUAAACUCUUUUCCAUCAAUAGCUUUGAAAACAAAAAAGUGACCUCUGCUCAUCGAUACGCAAUCCUGGACAGCGCAUACCAGACGUUGAUUAGUUCAGAGGUAUUUGCAGUCGGAUCAGUGCAGUGCGUUGUUUACCUGACGAACUAAUCCAGCUCUGAUGAGUGUCUCGGCAAACAUAUUUAUUGGCAUUAUCACAUUGAAUAAUUCGAUCUCUAGAAUCUUCGACAUGAAUCAUAGAUAUUACUAAGAAUACUUUUACUCCAUAUCAUUAUCGUUCAAUUAUACAUAAGCUCAUUGUUGGUCAAACGUUAUACUCAUAGUGCGGCUCAUUUUUUUUAGGAAAUUCUAGUGACUCUCUUGCUUUGCAUCGCGGUAUGCCAUUCACCACUAAAGAUCAAGAUAAUGACAAUUCUGAGAGUAUCAACUGCGCCCUUAGGUACAAAGGAGCCUGGUGGUACGAGAGGUGUCACCACUCAAAUCUCAAUGGCUUGUAUCUUCAUGGCAGUCACUCGUCCCAGGCUGAUGGAGUGAACUGGUUUCACUGGAAAGGAUAUAAUUACUCUCUAAAGAGAACCGAGAUGAAAAUAAGACCAGUGGAUUUCUGA